AUGCUUAUUUUUCUCCUCUAUCUGCUACCUCUGCUUCCAGUUAGUUUCGGGAUUCCCUUGCAGCACAUCUACUUGUCUCCAUCUCAAUUGCCAAGCCUAGCAUCCAUUGCAAGGAAAACUUCUCUAGAGCGUGUGAGCUUAAUAUCCAUUAGUGUAUCAUUGGAUCAAUUUAAAGCCCUGCAUAGACGGCAUUUUAAACUUUCUUUGAUUUCACUGAACGCGCCUUCUCCUUCUCCAGCAUCUCUAGGCCCAGUUGCGGCUCCUAUUGGUCGUACUCGAUCAAGGCGUCACCACCGCCAUCGGGUGAGAACUCAUGUGAUUUCUCCAUCUCCAUCGGCUGUAGCAGGUUGUGGUCACACUUGUGCUGAGCCUCUCACUUCAGCUCCCAUCGGUUCAACUUGUGGCUGUGUGCUUCCAAUGAAAGUCAGACUUCUUCUAGAUGUAGCACUUUAUUCUAUCUUUCCGGAGGUUAAUGAAUUAGAAAUUGAAAUUGCAGCAGGCACCUAUCUCAAACAAAGUCAAGUGGCCAUAAUUGGUGCGACUGCAGAUAGUCAAAAUCAGGGAAGAUCAGUGGUUGACAUUAACCUGGUGCCACUGGGGGAAAAAUUUGAUAACACAACUGCUAUCCUGACUUAUGAGAGGCUUUGGCAAAAGAAAGUGCCUCUGAAUAGGACCCUUUUUGGUGAUUAUGAAUUAGUAUACAUUACUUACCCAGGGCUCCCUUCAUCUUCAUCUGGUACUUUUGGUGAUGGUCCAAGUGGAAGUGCUGGAAAUCAGCAAUACCCUAUCAGCACAUAUUUUGCUGACAAGAAUCAGAAAAUGAACCCUCAAAUGAUUUUUGUCAUUGCUCUUUCAGCAUUUGUACUCUUGGUAGUUUGCUGUGUGGCAGUUGUGAUACUCAUAAAGUGCAGGAGGUCUAGCAGACCAUUCAAUGCUGUUGGUCCAAUGUUUCCACUAUCGACAAACAAGAGAUAUGGGACUGGAUCUAUAUUCUCAAGUAGCCCAAGCAACUCUAUAUCGGCAUCUCUUGUUGCGACCAUGCCUGCUUCAUUUCUUUCUGUUAAAACAUUUACACUUGUAGAGCUCGAGAAAGCUACGGAUAAGUUUAGUUCAAAAAGAGUUUUGGGUGAAGGGGGGUUUGGACGUGUUUAUCAUGGGAUCAUGGGAGAUGGAACUGAAGUUGCUGUUAAGUUGCUUACCAGGGAAAAUCAAAAUGGAGAUCAAGAAUUUAUUGCUGAAGUUGAGAUGCUAAGCCGAUUGCAUCACCGUAACCUUGUAAAGCUAGUUGGUAUAUGCAUUGAAGAACGUCCACACUGCUUGGUCUAUGAGCUAGUUCCAAAUGGCAGUGUGGAGUCCCACUUACACGGUGAAGACAAGAAGAAAGUGCCUCUUGACUGGGAUGCACGGUUGAAGAUUGCUCUUGGUGCGGCAAGAGGAUUGGCUUAUCUUCAUGAAGAUUCUAAUCCUCGUGUAAUUCAUCGGGACUUCAAAGCCAGUAAUGUUUUGUUAGAACACGACUUCACCCCCAAGGUUUCAGAUUUUGGUUUGGCUAGGGAAGCAACAGAAGGAAGUCAUCAUAUUUCUACUAGAGUCAUGGGAACAUUUGGGUAUGUUGCACCUGAGUAUGCAAUGACAGGACAUCUACUUGUCAAAAGUGAUGUUUAUAGUUACGGGGUUGUUCUAUUAGAGCUUCUAUCUGGAAGAAAACCCGUGGACAUGUCUCAAACCCCCGGACAAGAAAACCUUGUGAUUUGGGCACGAUCUCUGCUGACUAGUCGAGAAGGCUUGGAGCAGUUAGUGGAUCCUUCCUUGGCUGGAACUUAUGAUUUCAACGACAUGGCAAAGGUGGCAACCAUUGCUUCUAUAUGUGUUCACCCAGAGGUGACAAAUAGACCUUUCAUGGGAGAAGUGGUUCAGGCACUAGAACUCAUCUAUAACGACACAGAUGAGACUUGUGGGGAUGCUUAUAGUCCGAAAGAGUCUUCUGCUCGAGAAUCUGACUUCAAAUACGAGUUUCCCCAUUCUGACAGUAUUUGGUGGAAUGCUGGUGGGAUUACCCCACGGUUGACAUUUGGGCAAGCCUCUCCUUUCAUAACAAUGGAUUACAGUUCAGGCCCUCUAGAAGAAUUUGAAAACAGACCAUUUUCAGCAUCAGGGUUCGUCGAGGGUGGGGUUGCCUUUCCUACAAGGCACGGUAAUAGUUCAGGUCCUUUAAGGACAAUUCGGAGUAAACGAGCUUUUUAUAGAUUACGGGGGAGUAUGAGUGAACACGGUGUCCUAUCUAGAUGUGCUUGGAAUGAUGGCACUGGAUACGAAGCUUCCUUUUAG